CCUACAUCACGAUCACGUCAUCGCAGUGCGUAUGGUGCAACCCCCGUGCGCACGGAUCCCGCGUGAGCAAUUGAGGAAGUUGAGCGGUACUCUUUGGUUCUAUUCGGUAAAGUCACGUAGGUAAAAAUAGAACCAAAGAGUAUGGAUCCUUGCAGUCACGAAAGCUUCAAAUCUAGAAGUUGAGCGGCUCUGCCGAAAUAUAUCUCUCCGGAGAGACUGCCACUGCAAUAAUAAUAUUCGUAUUCUGUCCCCAAAAAGUCCGCGAUCAGAGGGCAUUGGGCAAUGGGAUUUACGCAACGCCCCUCCCUCCCUCUCUCGUUGUCCUCAUCCUCUUGCCCUCCCACGUAUCCUCACGUGAGAAGCCCCCUCGUGUGCGCUGUAUAUAGAGGCGGAGGCGCUCUGAGCUGCUGACAUUUAUGAGACUCCCGUCGCGUGACCAACUCAGCCGAGAUCCACGCCGCAAGCCGCCUCGACGCCAGCCAUGUAUCGGACACAACAUCCCUCGCAGAUGAUGACGUCCAUUCGAACCCAGCACUGGCUGCCGGGAGACAACGGAGAAGCCCCCGAGGAGAGCGACUCGCGGCGCUCGACCCUGGAGCUCGCCCUGCAGAUCGCCCGGCAGCUACGACUCAUCCCGGCGUUCGGCUCCAGCGAGGAGGUGGAGGCCGGCGACUGGGCGCAUCACAUGCGCGCCGCCGGCGUGCCCCUGCUCUCCCACAGGAGGUCCUUCUUCCCGUGGGCCCAGAGCCAUCAGAAGCGGCUGCUCCUUGACGCCGGGGCGCUCGCCUUCUUCCUCGACUACCUGCGCCGCCUGCUCACCGAGCGAGCCCAGCGGCAGCCGGAGCAGCGGUCGACGCUCGCCUCCCUGCGCGGCACCGUGCGCUCGCUCGAGGCUCUGCUCGAGCGCCUCUGCAGCGCCCUGCGCCCCGCCGGGCAGCCUCCGCGCCAGACGCAGCUGCAGCUGCUGCACGCGCCGAGUCACGGCGGCGAUGUCGAUGAUGAGAUUAUGAUGAGCGAGAUUGAGGACAGUCAGAUACAGGGUACGCUCAAGAUUCCCGCCGUGGUGAUGCUCCACGAGUUCCAGGCGUGGGUGGAGCGCACGGUGCGAGACCUCGACACGGCCUGCAAGAACCACCACGAAAUGGUGUAGCUGAUCUGGCUGUGUGCCGCCGAUGGUGUAAGAGAUCUGGCCGUAUGUCGCUCAUCAUCAUUAUCACCGCCACCAAGUGUUUGCUUUGCAUUUGAAUUGUCAACUUUCAUGCACGCAUUACCACCUACGAUUGGAAACCCCAAUACGGAAUGUGUUGCCUCCACCCGGUCUACUCAAGGUGGUGGUGAUGGUUGGGUGGGGGGGGGGGAUCAGUGUGACCAUAGAUCCUGAACUAAAUUUAAGAGUUAACAAGCAUUUGUUGCAUUCCGUCGUCGUUUACCUGCACUGCGCCUUGAUCGGCGGUCAAAGCCACUCCAAGGUGGCUGAUGAGGCUGAUAUUUAGAUGAAUGUUGCAAAAGACCGUACACACUUACGUCGUUAGUACGUGUAUUUAUAAACUCCGUGUGAAAGAAUUGCGUAUUUUACGUUGUUUAAACCGCGUAAAUGAAACGCCAAAUGUGUCGUGAUUGUGUGCAGAUACGCGUGCAAAUGUACUCGUUGAUUAUGACUGCAUUUGCGAUUUUUCAUUUGCUCUAUUUUUGUAUUUAGCUUCACAAAAGCACGUGGUAAUUUGUCUCACGAACUAAUGUCAAUAAGUGUAAACUAUUGUGUGUCGUUGCUGACUAUAGGCUACGAGCCAUUCUUGUGUAAGGUGUGUAAGCUCAGUGUAAAUGUGCAUUCAUGUAAUUCAAAUUUCAGUGAACUGAGAGGGGUCCAUCUCACACGAUGCGAACUCACAGCGGUUGAGCGUGUUUUGCACACGAAUAUUGGAUAUUCAUUCUCGCUAUACUUUAUUGUUGGCUUAAUAGAGAUAUAUUACUUCGUAAGUACGAUUGUUAAUUUAAAGUAUUCAUUGGUUAAUAUAUAAAGAAUCCACUUUUUGCACAUUUUUUAAUAUAAAGCAUUUCUGUC